GUGUGGAGUUGGGUUAGUUCAAACGCUCCUCAACCGCGGCGUUUUCCCCGGAUUUUUCUUGAUAAAAAAAGGCUUUUCAUCAAGUUCUUUUCUUGAAUUUUUAAUUGCAGCGUUCUUUCCCAGACAUAUUAGCAAUCCAGAUUGUUGAUUCUGCGAUUUUAGAACAGGUGGGAUUGUUGGAAGGGAUUUGUUUUGGAGGGGCGGAUGAAACGAUGUGUGCGGGGAUAACGUACGUCAAACUAAAUUCCAGCGGUAAGGUCUCCUAAGAGACUUUUUCAACUUUCUAGCAUCGCAGGAGUGAAGAUUACGGCGAUAUAAUGGCUGAAAAUUCGGGGAAUUCGUCAGGACAAUUGAAUCAAGUUUUAGGGUCUGGAAGAAUGUUCAAUUUUCAACAUCUUGACUUUCGAUCCAACAAUGACAUUCAGAGGGAACAAUCUGCUGAUAAAAAGAGACAGCUGAAACUGUCCUUUCCCUCCCAGGGCACCAGCGUGUCUUUCUCAAACUCCACAAACUCGAGCCACUCAAACUCAACUGGAUCUUCAUCAACUCCCCCAGCAGCACGUCCGAUUCUACCCCUGCCUUUGCCCAAGCUUCCAACUAGACCAAGGACAGCUCCAGAACCAACCCAUUUCCCUGAUAAGGCUAGGGACAAACUCAGGAUGUGCCAGUCAAUACAAAGCACUGGUAAACUACAACUCUCACCAGAUACAGUUUAUGAUUUUACAUCAGAAGAUCUCCAAGAUGUGGGUGAAAUUGGCAGAGGGGGGUUUGGCACUGUAAAUAAGAUGAUACAUAGGAUAAGCAAUACUGUUAUGGCUGUGAAGAGAAUUCGUUCGACGGUGGACGAGAGGGAACAGAAUCAAUUACUGAUGGACCUUGAGGUAGUGAUGAAGUCAAACGAGUGUCCAUGCAUCGUGCAAUUUUAUGGAGCUUUAUUCAAGGAGGGUGACUGUUGGAUAUGUAUGGAAUUAAUGGACACAUCGCUAGACAAAUUUUACAAAUUUAUUUAUGAGAGAUUGAAUAAAAGGAUACCAGAGUGCAUACUUGGUAAAAUAACGGUGGCAACUGUCAAAGCACUCAAUUACUUGAAGGAGAAGUUGAGGAUAAUUCAUCGUGAUGUUAAACCGAGUAAUAUACUCCUGGACAGGCGUGGGAAUAUCAAAUUGUGUGACUUUGGCAUUUCCGGACAGCUUGUCGAUUCCAUUGCCAGGACUCGAGAUGCUGGCUGCAGACCGUACAUGGCGCCCGAACGUAUAGAUCCUCAACGAGCACGGGGCUACGAUGUGAGGAGUGAUGUUUGGUCAUUGGGAAUCACUCUGAUGGAAGUUGCUACCGGUUAUUUUCCAUAUCCAAAGUGGAAUUCUGUUUUUGAACAACUGUAUCAGGUUGUUCAGGGGGAUCCACCGAGACUAUCACCUAAUGGAAAUGGCAAUCAUUUCACUGCUGAGUUUGUCAAUUUUGUUAAUACAUGUUUAAUAAAAGAAGAGAAUCAGCGUCCAAAGUACAACAAACUCCUGGAGCAUCCUUUUAUUCGUAGAUCAGAGGAGAGUCAGGUUGAUGUUGCGGCAUACAUCGGUGGAAUAUUAGACAAUAUGGCUAACAAUGGUGUUACGCCUUUUACAACCAACCAGCCUUAAAUCCACGGUAUUGAGUGAUGAGUAAUUAAUUAUUGAAAAUUCGUAAGCGUUAGAUACAUUGCAAAAUUCAUGGGCUGUAACCAUCUAGCGUGCUUAGAGUCCAUUCGUUGUCCCGCUUUAGAGACUGUACCGUCGUCGUGUCGUGUCCUCAAUUAAAAAAAAAAUGAAAUUACUGAAGAAAGAUGAAAAAUAAUUAUGAAAAUAAUAAAUUGAUCGUGGAGCUAAGGAGUUAUUAAUUGCAAGAAAUACUCGUAUUUUAUAGCGAGUAGAGGAUGAUUUUUAUGCCUGCGUAGAGACAUCAAAGUGGACACUGGAGUUUUUUAUUCAUGGCAAUGUGUCCCAUCAUCUGGAUGAUUACAGAAUAUGCGUUUAUCAGCGGUAAGUUAAUGCAAAUUGUAAAUAUGCCAAUGGCAAGACCAGAGCAUUUCCAACUCAUGGAAAUUAUGAAUUUUUCACAGUUUGUGUGAAAGUUUUAAUUGUUUUUCAAUAGGUGAUUAUAUUCCAUUGAGAUGUAUUUUUUUAAUUUUGUCUGCAUUUUUUUAAUGCUCGUGGGACAUUGUUGCUAUGAUUAAAACAAAAUCAAUUGUAAAAUUUUUUCCUACAGAUGAUUAAUAGGUCCUGGAAAACAUCGCUUUUAAUCACAUUUUAAAUGAUAAUUAAAUUUAAUAUAAAUACCUCGGAAGGAAAUGAUUGAGUGCAUAUUGAGGGUGUGCUAUCAAUAACUCAAAAUUAUUGGCAAUUUCGAAAUAGCUCACGCAACUUCUAGCGAUUGACGAUUUAAAAAUAGAAUCAUUUGAACUAUUAACUGUAUACCCUCAAUAUUAACGCGAUAAUUUUGUCACAAUUAUUGAGCACGGGAUGAAUCAUUUCACGUUUUAUAAAGAGUUAAUAGUGUAAUGUAUCCAGAUGCAUAGAUAAUUAUACGAAUUUUAUUUACAUUACUAUUUUUUUCGUCAAUAUUUAGUACCAGGUACUUGAAAAUUUUUGAUCAUUGUGGUGAGUUAUUUGCAGAGAUAUGCUUAUUACCGAUGUUGAAUAAAUGAGAAUGAAGAAAAUAUACUAUAAUGUAAGUGAUAAUAAAUACCUGAAUAUUGAUUA